AGGUGUCCUUCCCCUUGCCAUAGCAUAUUCAGUAGAGUGAAAAUGAUUCAUAGGGUAAUACUGUAGCAAAAGACUACGUUCCUAAUCAAUGGGAGAAGUGGUUAUAGCCUAUCACCUCCUAGACUAGUUGAUUCUCUGGACUGCUUUACUGAUCACGUAGCUGUUUGGUAUUACAUCCCAGAUAAAAGAAUUGGGCUAUUAUAUCCCGACCGCUUAGACUGCCCAGAAGGGUCUGUUCCGCUUGAAUGGUUGGUGCGGUGAGUGAGUGCCUCGUCGAGAGACAGCUCGUACUCGUGUCUGCUCUGCUCCUGGUUGGGGAGUGGAGGGAAACUGAUGCAUCACAGUAAGUAGCGACGUCUUUCAGUUCGUAGUCGCGGGAAAUGGCAUUUUAAGCAAUCUACCAAACUGUACAUGCUUUACAUAGCCUACAGUAGGUUUAUCAUAACUACCAGAACAUGCACAAUUUAGCAUAAUGUGAAUUAAUUAGGUUUGACGAUAUAGCUUUUGCAAUGCUCUCUGAAGUAGGCUAGGUUAAGGGACGCAUAGUGUGGAGCUGCCGACUGAAUCACCAACAGGCAUGCCUGUGAACAGAAUUUUGUUUAGAGUAUCGAAACGCGGAUUAAUUUAAAAAAAACUUGGACGAAAACGUACACGAUUGAAUUCCUAGAAAGGAACACAAAGGAUACCGUACAUUUGUGAUUGGAUGUGAGUCUACUGUAACCCUACAAAACUGAAUAUGAUGUUGCUAUGGAAACUGCUGGUGCUGCCAUCACUCACGAGGUGCCUUGCAGGAAGUGGUGUCCUGCAGAGCCCUGUAUUCACCAAGCAGCCCGGCAGCAUAGUAUUCCCUGUUGACUCCCUGGAAAAGAACCGGGAGGUGGUUUUCAGCUGUGAGGCCCAGGGAAGUCCACCUACUCUAUAUAGGUGGAAACUGAAUGGCACUGUAAUCAAUCCAAAAUCAGGCUCUCACUACAGCCUGUCUGGAGGAAAUCUCAGAAUCAGCCAGCUGAACAAAGACCAAGAUGCUGGAACAUAUCAGUGCCUCGCCACCAAUUCUUUCGGGACCAUCGUCAGCCGAGAGGCCAGCCUAACCUUUUCAUACUUGGAAAAUUUCAAGAUGCACAGAAGAAGCUCUGUGUUAGUGCGUGAGGGACAGGGUGUGGUUCUCCUGUGUGGACCUCCAUCGCACUCCGGAGAUCUGAUGUUUUCCUGGAUUUUUAAUGAGUACCCAUCAUUUGUGGAGCAGGACACACGACGCUUCAUCUCCCAGGAGACAGGGAAUCUGUACAUCGCUAAAGUGGAACCUUCUGAUGUGGGAAACUACACCUGUGUGGUUACCAAUACUGUCACAAAGACCCGCGUGCAGGGCCCACCCACUCCACUAGUGCUACGCAGUGAUGGUGUGAUGGGUGAAUAUGAGCCAAAGAUUGAAGUUCAGUUUCCAGAAGUAGUCCAUGUAGCCAAGGGAUCUACUGUAAAGCUGGAGUGUUUUGCUCUUGGAAACCCUGCCCCCACUAUAAACUGGAGGAGAGUAGACGGAGUUCCCUUUUCCAGAAAAGUAGACGUGAGGAAAGCCAGCGGUGUCUUGGAAAUCCCAUAUUUCCAGCAGGAAGAUGCAGGAACAUAUGAGUGCGAGGCGGAAAACCCCAGGGGGAGGAACAGUGUGAGAGGAAAGCUCUCUUUCUACGCCCCUCCACACCUCAUUGAGAAACCCCAGGACGUGCAGAAGCCUAUUGACGACUCCUUGGUGUGGGAGUGUAAAGCAACUGGGAAACCCAAGCCCUCCUAUAGGUGGAUGAAGAAUGGAGAAAAUAUAGAGCCUGUUGAGGAGCGCGUACAGGUGGGAAAUGGGGCAUUGUCAAUCAGUCGGUUGACCCUGGCCGACGUGGGGAUGUACCAGUGUGUGGCUGGAAACAAGCAUGGAGAAGUCUACUCAAAUGCAGAGCUCAGAGUAAUAGCUGUUGCCCCAGAUUUCUCCCACAACCAGCUGAGGACUCAAACCCUGGUGAGGGAGGGAGGAGACCUGCUCAUCGAAUGCAGGCCCAAGAUGUCUCCUUGGGGUGUAAUCUCCUGGAAGAAGGGCAAUGAGGCUCUACAGGAGAGCAACAGGAUUACAAUUCUAAAAAAUGGGAACCUUCGAAUAUGGAAUGCAACCCAGCAGGAUGCUGGCCUCUACACGUGUGUCGCUAGAAAUCAGUUUGGAGUGGCAACCAGUUCGGGGACUAUCAUUGUUAAAGAGCCCACCAUCAUAACAACACUCCCCUCCACCCUGGACGUCACCGUGGGAGAGAGCAUUGUCUUGCCGUGUCAGGUGUCUCAUGACCCGUCCCUGGAGCUCAAGUUCACCUGGUUCUUCAACGAGCAGCUGAUCCACUUUGGCAGCCACGGCGGAUAUUUUGAAAAAGUGGGCGGUCAUUCAGCUGGAGACAUCAUGGUUCGAAAUAUCCAACUACGACAUGCCGGAAAGUACACAUGUGCAGUGCAGACCAAAGUGGACAGCAUCUCCAUCGCUGCAGACCUGGUUGUCAGAGGGCCCCCAGGGCCCCCCACCAGCAUCCAUGUAGAAGAAAUCACUGAUACCACAGCCGCCCUCUCCUGGACGCCCGGCCCAGAUAAUCACAGUCCAAUUACCAGCUACACCAUCCAGGCCAGGACACCAUUCUCCUUGGGCUGGCAGGCUGUCACCACAGUUCCUGAGGUGGUGGGGGGCCGACGUCUGACAGCUACAGUAAUAGACCUGAACCCCUGGGUGGAAUAUGAGUUUAGAGUCCUGGCAUGCAACGCCGUUGGGACUGGAGAGCCUAGCAAGCCAUCCAAGCAAGCAAGGACUAAAGAGACCUCUCCAAAGGUCACACCAGCCAAUGUGAGCGGAGGUGGUGGCAGUCGCUCUGAAUUAGUCAUCACUUGGGAGCCUGUUCCUGAAGAGCAGCAGAAUGGGGGAGGGUUUGGCUAUGUGGUGGCCUUCAGACCAUAUGGGGCCACUGGCUGGAUGCAAGCUGCAGUGCCCUCUCCAGAGGCAUCAAAAUAUGUCUUCAAAAACGAGAGCAUCCAGCCCUUCUCCCCCUUCCAGGUGAAGGUUGGAGUUUACAACAACGAAGGGGAAGGCCCAUUUGGACCCGUCACAACUAUCUAUUCUGCAGAGGAAGAACCUGGCCGAGCACCUACCAGAAUCCGUGCCAGGAGCUUGUCUGCCUCGGAGAUUGAGGUUUCAUGGAAAGCCCUGCCCUGGAACACCAGCAAGAGAAGAGUUCUCGGUUAUGAAUUGAGAUACUGGGAGACUCAAGAGAAGGAAGAGACAGCUAGCGUGCAGAGGACAGUGGGGAACCAGACAUCGGCCAUUAUUCGUGGGGUACAAGGAAGCAGUGUGUAUUACGUCACAGUGAGGGCGUACAACACUGCAGGGGCGGGGCCUCCUAGCACCACUGUCAAUGUCACCACCAAGAAACCACCCCCCAGCCAGCCGCCGGUAAAAGUAAUGUGGAACACAUCGAAUUCCAAGAUAAUUCUGAACUGGGAGCAGGUCAAAGCACUUGAGAACGAGUCUGAGGUCACGGGGUACAAGGUGCUCUACAAGCGGAAUAGACAUAGCCGGCCUCGUGUCAUGGAAACCAACACCACUUCAGUGGAGCUCUCUCUGCCCAUUGAUGAAGAGUACAUCAUCCAGAUUAAACCAUUUGGAGAGGGAGGAGAGGGGAGCAGUAGCAGGCAGAUAACCAUUCCCAGAAUACCAGGUCCCAAUGCAAUUGGCUCGGCAUCCAAGGUUUCUACUCUAUCUGCCCUCAGUACAAUAGCACUGUCUUUCACAGCACGGACAUCGUUAUGACAAAGUGCUCCCAGCAAACAUUGCCUCUGAUGUGGAGUCGACGCAGCCGCAGAAAUACAGCUCAGUCUGGUGUAACUAGCUCCAUUCAUUUAGUUCUCAAGGCAGGCAGACAAGGCUGAAAAACAUGUUAUUGAAAUGAGGGGGAAUAGCCCGCUUCAGCACCCUGGCAAGAACAGGAAAUCGACCAAUGUCUUGACUCUGUUGUUACCAAAGCAGCUUUCAUGGAAAACCGAAAAAAAUGUCUUAUAUGCAUCUUUUGUAUGUCUGGCUUUUAUAGAUUUUUGUUGGGCCAAGUGUAAUUGGUUUGGGCUUUUUCUAAAGGGCACGGGUGUAAAAGGCGUAAAUUGCAUGUCAAAAAUAUAGAGGUUCUUUUGACACUGAAA